CGCGCCAUUGGAAAGCCCGGCUGGGCCCCGCCUCCCGCCCCCGAGGAGCCAAUGAGGGGCGCGCCAAGGCGUGGCCGCGGGGGCGGGGAGUCUAUAAAGGGGGCGCGCGGCUGGCGGGAAGGGGUAAGAUGGCGGUGUAGGCGCGAGUCGGCGUGUCUUGCGCUCCCCUCCUCCUCCUCAGGCGCCCGUGUUUCUCCUGUCGGAGGAGGCGGCUGGAUCCCGACUCUCAAGCCGGCCGCGGUGUGAGGCGGGAGGAGGAGGACAAAGCCUCCGCUGCCGCCCGCGCCGUCAUGCCUAACAUCAAGAUCUUCAGCGGGAGCUCGCACCAGGACCUGUCCCAAAAGAUCGCCGACCGCCUCGGCCUGGAGCUCGGCAAGGUGGUGACCAAGAAGUUCAGCAACCAGGAGACAUGUGUGGAAAUAGGUGAGAGCGUACGUGGAGAAGAUGUCUACAUUGUGCAGAGUGGCUGCGGUGAAAUCAAUGACAAUCUGAUGGAGCUCCUUAUCAUGAUAAAUGCCUGUAAGAUUGCCUCAGCCAGCAGAGUCACAGCUGUCAUACCCUGCUUUCCCUAUGCUCGUCAGGACAAAAAGGACAAGAGUCGAGCCCCGAUUUCUGCCAAGCUGGUUGCGAACAUGCUGUCUGUGGCGGGUGCAGAUCACAUAAUCACCAUGGACCUGCAUGCCUCUCAGAUUCAGGGUUUUUUUGAUAUCCCUGUUGAUAACCUGUAUGCUGAGCCUGCUGUACUGAAAUGGAUCAAGGAGAAUAUUGCUGAGUGGAAGAACUGUACCAUUGUUUCACCAGAUGCUGGUGGAGCCAAGAGAGUGACCUCCAUUGCAGAUCGAUUGAAUGUAGACUUUGCCCUCAUUCACAAGGAGCGCAAGAAGGCCAAUGAAGUGGAUCGCAUGGUACUGGUGGGUGAUGUGAAGGACAGAGUGGCCAUUCUGGUAGAUGAUAUGGCAGACACAUGUGGUACCAUCUGUCAUGCAGCAGACAAGCUUGUGUCAGCUGGAGCCACCAAAGUUUAUGCUAUCUUAACUCAUGGGAUCUUUUCUGGGCCAGCAAUUUCUCGAAUCAACAAUGCCUGUUUUGAAGCAGUUGUUGUCACAAACACAAUACCCCAGGAGGACAAGAUGAAACAUUGCCCUAAAAUCCAGGUGAUUGACAUCUCAAUGAUCCUUGCAGAGGCCAUCAGGAGGACUCAUAAUGGGGAAUCUGUCUCCUACCUAUUCAGUCAUGUCCCUUUAUAACAGAUGCCAGCUGCUGCUUGUAUGGCUUUUUUUAAAACCAAAAGUUGUUCAGCUUGUUAUAAAGUUAGUAGAAGACUCUGCUUGUUCCAGUGCAGUUCUCCACAGCUGCUCCUGCAUAAGUCAGACUUACUGACUCUGAUCCCAACACUGGGAGGCUGGGGGGAGGCUCAUCUCUGUAACACUCCAACUCCACCAGCAUCCUUGUGCAUUGGGGUUUGUCAGUAGUAAUGACUCAACACUGCAGAUCUGUGGAGAGCAGGACUGACACAUGGCUAAUUGCCACAACUAUUUUUGGAGGGGGUGGGGGGGUUGUCUGUGGGCAAGGUUAAAUGAUCUGGCAUGCACACCCUGAAUUGUUUGGGAAGUAGAGCUCCCUAGGACAUGUUGGUCUGGAUCUACAGCAAGAGCCCAAGAGACUGUCUUACCUCUCUAUACGUGACAGAAGCCCUACAAGAGGGAUGGGAAAGGCUUGCAUCUUGGCCAAGCUUAGCCCUAGGGUACAUCUCAGGAUGGGAGGUGGUUCUGCUACAGCUUUUUCCCAUGAAAGGAGGUCAGUGUAGCUUUCAAACUUGAAUUAAUCUGAAUUAUUGAAGAAAUGCUAUGCUCUUGAGUAUGCCUUACAGCAAAACUAAGGUGAGAACAUAGCAUAUUCAGUACUGCUUCGCUGCAUUAACUUAGUGGUAAAGGUGCAUCCUGGACAAGCACUCUUCCUGGCUUGUGUGUAGAGGGCUCCUGGUGGCUGCAUGCUCUAGUUCCUAGCAUAAGCUAAAACAAACGCCUCAUCUUUGCAGUUAUUGUUAGCCUUGCUAGAGACUAGAGGACUGCUAUUGUGUACUGUAGUUGCACCUUGAUUUCCUGUGCAAAAGUAGCUUGAUCCGUUUUUACCAGUACAUUUGUGAACUGAGCCUCUUGGCCCUUAGUAGCAUACUUGUUGCAUCUAGCAAGUGCCUGCUCAGUAGACUUGACGUGGGGUGAGCUAAUGUGCAACAGCUUUACGUCCAGCUGUCUUCGCCUCUGAAGGCUGUCUGCAGUCCUGUUGUCCCAUAAGUUACUGGCGCAUUCUCAUUGCUUGUCCUGGACACUAUCUGUCUUGCCUUGAACAUCUUGCUUAUUCCAAUAACAACUUUGUGAGAGAUCUUAAACUAUGGAGGACGAGAGGCUGCAGGACUACAGAGCCUGAAGAAGUCUCUGCAGUGGAUCAGAUGCAGCAAAUGAGAAGAGCUUGUGGCAAUGGGUUGAAGAGGCUUGUGAUAGGUAGUACUGGGAAAAGUGUGGAUCUAACUCCAAUCUGACAGGCAGCAGAGUGCCUGAAAGAAAAAUACCAAAAGUAGAGCUGACUGAGGCUCCUGGAUAUAAAAUAAGUAUCAUCCAAAACUUGAAUGCAUGGUAACUGUACCAGACAAUCUUAAGGUAAACUGUUAAGUCUCUGCUGGGCUCUUACAGGGGUUAUAGAUGAAGCUGUUUCAUGCAGUCUGGUUUUUGCAAGCACUCCUCUUUGAUUUGUUUCGGGUAUGAGGGAAGGGAAAAGGGGUAGAGAAGAGGAACCUGAAACUGCUUGCUAGGAUAGCUAGCAUGGCUUUGAGAGGCUAGAGGCUGGGGAGUAAGUGAAACUAUCUGAAAAACUUGGUUAAGAUCUAGGGAAGUACUUCUUUAGUUGUGCCUUUUAAUGAAGACUUCUCCCCUCUCCCUUCCUGAAACUCCUGUCCUGUGGCAACUUUAACACUUCUAUUACAUUGUAGGGUUUUUUCUUUUGUGUAAGAUUUGGUGUUUGUCUGGAAAGUGUGUGUGUGCGUGCGUGUGUCCUGCUUCUUUGCUUUGCAUCCUGCACUGAGCUCUACUGAGAGUCUGAUUCCUGCCUCCUGUAUUGGAGCCCCUGCUGCUGCACUACGAAUGCCCCAAGAGCCAGGACAUCAGCAGUGGUGUGAGGAUUUUUCAGCAGCCUUUGUGUUAAACUUAAGACCUUGAUGAAGGAAUUAAACUUUUAUUUAAAAAAUGUGGCCUCUGUUUAUAAAUGCUUCCA